GAUGUAUAAUAUUUGUAGACGUUUUAUACAACAGAAUUUCAUUUGUCUCCCAUUCUUGUUGAUCCCUCUUGCUCAACUCGAUCGCUCUUUUCAUUAAUGUUUGCUCACCCCCUUUCUCGCCGUCUGCUCUCCGCAGCUCCUAGCAAACAUCUUCGUUCCGUGGUCACCCGCGUCGCAGUUCUCAAUUCGACUCCCACUAGCCUUAACUCUCCUCCACCGCAGAAUGAUCAGUUGAGCUCAGAGCCAGUAACCCAUUUUGGCUUUCAGACCGUGAAAGAGUCGCUCAAGGCCACAAGAGGUAUAGCAUCCUGGUAGAUUUGUGUUUUCUGAAAACCAAGUAGUUGACAAAUUAAACCGAUAGUCGCUGAGGUCUUUUCUUCCGUCGCUUCCUCGUAUGACACAAUGAACGAUGUUAUGUCCUUCGGAAUCCAUCGCCUUUGGAAGGACCAUUUUGUUCGCUCUCUCAAUCCUGGCCGUAGGCCGGGCGGCCGUCCUAUGAGUAUUCUUGACGUGGCCGGCGGGACAGGAGAUAUUGCCUUCAGAAUGCUGGACCACUCUGAGAAGGCUAACGGUGACCGCGGAACCACUGUUCUGUGCGCGGAUAUCAAUGCAGACAUGUUGAGAGAGGGAGAGAAACGCGCAAUUCAGAAUGGAUAUGAUUGUACGAGUCCGGGCGUGUAAAUCUCAUCCAAUGAAGGAAGGCUAAUCUCAGUUACCACACUCCAGCAAACCGAAUCUCCUUUUGCCUUGAAAACGCCGAGACUCUUGAUAGCAUCCCUGACAAUUCAAUCGAUCUUUAUACCAUCUCAUUUGGCAUUCGAAAUGUCACCCGCAUUCCCAUGGCUUUAAGAUCCGCUCACCGUGUCCUCAAGCCUGGUGGCGUCUUUGCCUGCCUUGAAUUCUCUAAGGUUUCUCCGGCAUUUCUUGAUGCGAUUUACCAGCAAUAUUCAUUUUCCGUCAUUCCUCUCAUGGGACAAUUGGUUGCAGGAGAUAGGGAUAGUUACCAAUACCUUGUUGAGUCUAUCAAGCGCUUUCCUUCGCAGUCAGAAUAUGCGAGAAUGAUCAGGGAUGCUGGAUUAGUGAAUGUUGGAAAAGGAUACGAAGAACUGACGUUCGGGGUUGCGAGUAUCUGGAAAGGCGUAAAACCACUGGAAUAGAUGGCUUAUCCCUGUACCUCUGUCCUCUCGAACUCUUCCUUGCGCCGCCAGACGUGCGGACAUAACUUUCCUGUGGGUAUUUCGUUUCCAAUGUAAUCCUCUAAAACCGAGUGAUUUAAUGUGACCGCCGCAAUCUGGCAUACAGUACUGUACCGACACUGUACAGUACUAGAGCGUCCUAAAGGAAUAUAGCUCUACUAGAAUUUAGCCUAUUUUGGAUGGAAUGCCCAUACAUGAUACCGGUGCAUAGUGACUUGGAUGUAUGACAGAACCAGCUUAAU